AUGGACCAGAAAAUAUUAUCUCUAGCAGGAGAAAAAACAGCAGACAAACUGCAGGAAUUGCUUCAGGCUGUGAAAGAAGAUGAUUUGGCUAAUCUCCUUCAGAAUCAGGCAGUGAAAGGAAAAGCUGCUGGAGCGCUCCUGCGAGCUAUCUUCAAAGGUUCCCCCUGCUCUGAGGAAGCUGGAGCUCUUAGGAGGCUUAAGAUAUACAUUCGCUCAAUCCAGUUGGUGGAGUCAGGGGAUUUGCAGAAAGAAGUAGCAUCUGAGAUUUUAGGAUUACUAAUGGUGGAGGUUCACAAUUUUCCAGGACCAUUACUGGUUGAAUUAGCCAGUGAGUUUGUUAGUGUUAUCAAGGAGGGCAGGCUAAAGAAUGGAAAAUCUUUGGAGUUAUUACCCAUUAUUCUCACUACCCUUGCUGCCAAAAAGGAAAAUGUGGCUUAUGGAAAAGGUGAACUAAGUGGGGAAGAAUGUAAGAAGCAACUGAUUAACACCCUGUGUUCUGGCAGAUGGGAUCAGCAGUAUGUAAUCCAGCUCACUUCUAUGUUCAAGGAUGUCCCUUUGGCUGCAGAAGAGGUGGAAUUUGUGACAGAGAAAGUGUUGAGGAUGUUCUCCAAGUUGAAUCUUCAAGAAAUACCACCCUUGGUCUAUCACCUUCUGGUUUUCUCCUCAAAGGGAAACAGAAAGAAGGCUUUGGAAGGAAUCAUAACUUUCUUCAAUGAGCUAGAUAAGCAGCACAAUGAGGAACAGAGUGGUGAUGAGCUGUUGGAUCUUGUUACUGUGCCAGCAGGUGAACUUCGUCAUGUGGAAGGCACCGUUAUUCUACAUAUUGUGUUUGCCAUCAAAUUGGACUGUGAACUAGGCAGAGAACUCCUGAAACACUUCAAGACAGGACAGCAAGGAGAUUUCAGUAAUAAUACAUGUCCCUUCAGCAUUGCCCUCCUGCUCUCUAUAACAAGAAUACAAAGAUUUGAGGAACAGGUGUUUGACCUUUUAAAAACUUCAAUUGUAAAAAGCUUUAAGGAUCUUCAGCUUCUCCAAGGCUCAAAAUUUCUUCAGAAUCUAGUCCCUCAUAGGUCUUGUGUUUCAACCUUGAUCUUGGAAGUGGUGAAGAAUAGUGUUCAUAGUUGGGAUCAUGUUACUCAGGGCCUGGUAGAACUUGGCUUCAUUUUAAUGGAUUCAUAUGGGCCAAAGAAGAUUCUUGAUGGAAAAGCUAUUGAAACCAGCUCAUGUCUUUCUAAAAAACCAACCCAGCAUGCUUGUAAACUGGGAGCUGAUAUCCUGUUGGAAACUUUUAAGAUCCAUGAGAUGAUCAGACAAGAAAUUCUCGAGCAAGUCUUCAACAGGGUUGUGACCAGAGCAUCCUCUCCCAUCAGUCAUUUCUUAGAUUUGCUUUCAAAUAUCAUCAUGUAUGCACCCUUAGUUCUUCAAAGUUGUUCUGCUAAAGUCACAGAAACUUUUGACUAUUUAUCCUUUCUGCCGCUUCAAACUGUACAAGGGCUGCUGAAGGCAGUGCAGCCCCUUCUCAAGGUCAGCAUGUCAGUGAGGGACUCCCUGAUACUUGUCCUUCGGAAAGCCAUGUUUGCCAGCCAGCUUGAUGCCCGAAAAGCUGCGGUUGCUGGGUUUUUGCUGCUUCUGAAGAACUUUAAGGUUUUGGGCAGCUUGUCCUCCUCCCAGUGCAGUCAGUCCAUCGGUGCCAGCCAGGUCCAUGUGGAUGUUCACAGCCGUUACAAUUCUGUUGCCAAUGAAACUUUUUGCCUUGAGAUCAUGGAUAGUUUGAGGAGAUGCUUAGGCCAGCAGGCUGAUGUUCGACUCAUACUUUAUGAGGGGUUCUAUGAUGUCCUUAGAAGGAACUCUCAGCUGGCUAAUUCAAUCAUGCAGACUCUACUUUCACAGUUAAAACAGUACUAUGAGCCAAAACCUGAUGUGCUGCCACCUCUGAAAUUGGAAGCUUGUAUUUUAACCCAAGGAGAUCGAAUCUGUCUACAAGAACCACUGGAUUAUCUGUUAUGUUGUGUCCAACACUGUUUGGCCUGGUGUAAGAGCAAAGUGAUGCCCCCACAGCAGGAAAAAGAGGAGGAGGAGGAGGGGGUCUAUCAAGACCUGGAGGACCUAUUGGAAUCUAUUACUAGCAGAAUGAUUAAGAGUGAGCUAGAGGACUUUGAACUGGAUAAAUCAGCAGAUUUUUCUCAGAGCACUUGUGUUGGCAUCAAAAAUAAUAUCUGUGCUUCUCUUGUGAUGGGAGUUUGUGAGGUUCUAAUAGAAUAUAACUUCUCCAUAAGUAAUUUUAGUAAGAAUAAGUUUGAGGAGGUUCUGAGCUUAUUUAUGUGUUACAAGAAACUCUCUGACAUCCUUAACGAAAAGGCUGGUAAAGGCAAAACUAAAGUGGCCAACAAAACGAAUGAUAGUUUUUUGUCCAUGAAAUUUGUGUCUGAUCUUCUCACUGCUCUUUUCAGGGACAGUGCCCAAAGCCACGAAGAGAGCCUGUUGGUUCUAAGGUCCAACAAUGAGUUUAUGCGCUACGCAGUGAGUGUGGCUCUGCAGAAGGUACAGCAGCUAAAGGAAACAGGGCAUGUGAGUGGCCCCGAUGGCCAAAACCCAGAAAAGAUCUUUCAGAACCUCUGUGAUAUAACUCGGGUCUUAAUUUGGAGAUACACUUCCAUUCCUACUUCAGUGGAAGAUUCGGGAAAGAAAGAGAAAGGCAAGAGCAUCUCCCUGCUGUGCUUGGAGGGCUUACAGAAGAUAUUCAGUGCCGUGCAGCAGUUCUUUCAGCCCAAGAUUCAGCACUUUCUCAGGGCUCUAGAUGCCACAGGUGAGGAGGGAGAGGAGGUGGAAGGCAGUGUCACUCACAGAGCAGCGUUCCAGAUCCGGCAGUUUCAGAGGUCCUUGUUGAAUUUACUUAGCAGCCAAGAGGAAGACUUUAAUGGCAAAGAAGCCCUCCUGCUGGUCACUGUUCUCUCCAACUUGUCCAAGCUGCUGGAGCCAUCCUCCCCUCAGUUUGUGCAGAUGUUAUCCUGGACAUCCAAGAUUUGCAAGGAAAACAGCCAGGAGGAUGCCUUGUUUUGUAAGGGCUUGAUGAAUUUGCUCUUCAGCCUCCAUGUUUUGUAUAAGAGUCCUGUCAUCCUGCUGCGUGACUUGUCCCAGGACAUCCAUGGGCAUCUCGGAGACAUAGACGAGGAUGUAGAGAUGGAGAAAACAAAUCACUUUGCGAUGGUGAAUUUGAGAACAGCUGCUCCUACUGUUUGUUUACUUGUUCUGAGUCAGGCUGAGAAAGUCCUAGAAGAAGUGGACUGGCUGAUCACCAAGCUUAAGGGACAAGUGAGCCAAGAAAUGUUAUCAGAAGAGGCCUCUUCUCAGGCAACCCUACCAAAUCAUCCUAUCGAGAAAGCCAUCAUCAUGCAGCUGGGAACUCUGCUUACAUUUUUCCACGAGCUGGUGCAGACAGCCCUGCCAUCAGGCAGCUGUGUGGACAUCUUGUUAAAGGACCUUUGCAAAAUGUACACCAUCCUCACAGCACUUGUCAGAUAUUAUCUCCAGGUGUGUCAGAGCUCCAGAGGAAUUCCAAAAAAUAUGGAAAAGCUGGUAAAACUGUCCGGUUCUCAUCUGACUCCCCUGUGCUAUUCUUUCAUUUCUUACAUUCAGAACAAGAGGAGUCAGAGCCUAAAAUACACAGGAGAGAAGAAAAAGGGGAAAACCGCUGCUGUUGCCACAGCCAUGGCCCGAGUUCUUCGGGAAACCAAGCCAAUCCCUAACCUCAUCUUUGCCAUCGAACAGUAUGAAAAAUUCCUCAUCCACCUUUCGAAGAAGUCCAAGGUGAACCUGAUGCAGCACAUGAAGCUCAGCACCUCACGAGACUUCAAGAUCAAAGGAAACAUCCUGGAUAUGGUUCUUCGGGAGGAGGAGGAGGACGAGGACGACGAUGACGACAACGAGGGCACUGCGUCAGAGCACGAGGGACAGGACAAAGAACCCGCCAAGAAGAGAAGGAAAAAAUAA